UGGGACGGACGGGAGGAACAAAGAUGUCGCUGACUCCGAGGCUCAGAGGUUGUUCCCGGUUUGUUCCGUCGGUAUUCGGUGUUUGUCGGUUACAGCGGGAAGGUCGCCUGGUGCUGAGACGGGGACCGGCCCUGCCGGUGACCGCGGGCCGCUGUUUCAGCUCUGAACACGAAGGACACAGAAAAAACAAAGUUGUUUUCUUGAACUUCACCAACCCCGUGCACUGGCUGCGCACGCGCGUUUACUAUUUUUUGAUCAGAUCUUAUUUUGACCACGAAUUCAACGUCGAAGAGUUCAUACAAGGAGCGAAGCAGGCUUUCUCUCAGGUGUCCAGGCUGCUGUCACUGUGUCAGUUUGAAGCUCUACAGGGGCUGGUGGCAAAUGAUUUGGUUGGAAAACUGGAGGAAAAGUGCAACCUGCUUCCAUCAAGCUACAAGAAGGCACUUUCUGCAGAUCCGGAUGAUAUAAUGUACACAAAACCUGAAGAUGUAGGAAUUUAUUACGAUGAUAACGGGAGAAGGUUUGUGAGUAUUCUGAUGAGUUUCUGGUAUCUGACAAGUGCCCAGCUUCCUGAAGAUGCCAUAAUAGCACGCCUCUUUCCGGUAGCUGUUGGUGACGAAGCUAAGAAACUGUUACAUGCAAAAUAUGAAUUUCAGAGGGAGUUUACUAAAGGAGUGCCACCAGACUGGACCAUCACACGGAUAGAGCACUCCAAAUUUUUGGACUGAGGUGGUUUUGUGACCGUAGAAGCUAGCUGAAGAUAGCAGCGCUCCAUCCGUAUUUCGUUUAAUUGGACCUGGAUGGAAACAGUUAAUUGUCCGCCACAAGAAAACAGAAAAUAAAGUCUACAACAGGACAUCUGAGGAAAGCCUCAACAGAGUCUUCAGUCAUACACAACUCACAUUUGAAAAGGCAAGACAUCUGCUCUGAGAUAGUUUUUUUUUAUUUAUUUAUUUUUUUUU